GAACAUAAUUAAAGUCUUACACUUGCCACUACCACAAAGCAAGAGAAAGAGAGACUAAAAUGGCGGAAACUGCAGUGUCUUUUUCGAGUCAACAUGUGCUUCCAAAAUUGUUGGAAGCUGUAAAGAUGCUGAGAAAUCUGCCAAAAGAAGUUGCAGAAGUUAUAGAUGAACUAGAAAGCUUUCAAGAUUUCAUCGAUGAUGAAGAUAAAGUGGCUGAAGCUGAACAUGAUCACAAUAGGCGCGACAGAAUCAUAAAAGGGUUGACGAGGCUGAGAGAAGCAGCUUUUCGCAUGGAAGAUGUAAUUGAUGACUACGUGAUAUGUGAUGAAAAACAACCUGAAGAUCCUCGAUGUGCGGCUUUACUCUGUGAGGUUGUUGAGUUCAUCAAAACUCAAAUCCACCGCCUUCAAAUAGCGUAUCAGAUUCAGGAUGUUAAGGCACUUCUUCGUGCAGAAAGAGAUGGCUUCGAAAACCGUUUUCGUACAGGAUCAAGAUCAGACGGUACUAGGGGAAAUGAAAAUUUCACAUGGCAGAAACUUCGAAUGGAUCCUCUCUUUAUUAAGGAAGACGAGGUUGUUGGCUUUGAAGAAGAUAUAGAUACACUGAAAAAGUGUUUGACAGAGGGAAGAAAAGAACGCACUGUCAUCUCUAUUGUAGGAAUGGCAGGAUUGGGAAAAACCAUACUUUCUAAGCAAGUUUUUGACAGGGUCCAUACAGACUUUGAGUGCCAUGCGUUGAUCACAGUGUCCCGAUCCUACACUGUUGAAGGGUUGCUGAGGGAUAUGACGAACAAGCUUUGCAAAGAGAGAAGGGAGGAUCCUCCUCGGGAUGUUGCAUUUAUGGAUCAAAUGUCGUUGAUAAAAGAAGUCAGAAACCGCCUUCACAAUAAGAGGUAUGUUGUCUUGUUUGAUGACGUGUGGAAUGAAACAUUUUGGGAUGACAUUGAAUUGGCUCUAAUUGAUAACAAAAAUGGAAGUAGGAUAUUAAUCACUACCCGGGAUCAGAAGGUUGUGGAUUUCUGUAAGAAAUGCUUAUUUUUUGAGGUGCAUAAGCUACAACCUUUAAGUAAUUCAAAAUCAUUGGAGUUGUUAUGUAAGAAGGCAUUUGGGAAUGGCUUUCAUGGGUGUUGUCCAAAAGAUUAUGAAGAAGUAGGUCUGGACAUUGUUAGGAAGUGUGGAUGUUUACCUCUUGCAAUUGUAGCUAUCGGUAGUCUUUUGUAUAGAAAAUGUAAAAGUCCAUCUGAUUGGGGCCUUUUUAGUCAACAUCUAAGUUUAGAGUUGGAGAGCAAUUCGGAGUUAGACUGUGUAAAAAAAAUUUUAAGUUUGAGUUACGAUGAUUUGCCACAGAAUCUGAGGUCAUGUUUGUUGUAUUUCGGAAUAUAUUCUAAAGAUUACAAAGUUAAAUGUAGUAGAUUAUUUCAGCAGUGGAUAGCUGAAGGGUUUGUGAAACAAGAACGCGGAAGAAAUUUAGAAGAAGUUGCAGAACAACAAAUAAUGGAGUUGAUUAGUAGAAGCUUGGUACUAGUAUCAUCAUUUACCACAGAAGGCAAAGUGAAAGCAUGUCAUGUUCAUGACUCAAUACAUGAAAUGAUCCGUGAAAAAAUGAAGAACACAGGGUUUUGUCACUAUAUUGAUGAGCAUAAUGAUUUUGAGUCAAGUGGUAUGAUUCGACGCUUAACAAUAGCAACAAAUUCCUAUGAUUUAAGUGGGAGUAGUGAAGGAUCACAAUAUGUUCGGUCAAUUUUUAUUUUCACGAAUGAAUUGUCAUCUGAAGGGUUCACCAGGUGCUUGCUUGCAAAAUACACGCGAUUGAAGGUGCUCAUUUUUGAAAUUGCUCCAUUAUAUGAUGUGCCUGAAAAUUUGGGGAGUUUAAUCCACUUAAAGUAUCUAAGCUUCCGGAAUACAUCCAUAAGAAGUCUUCCAAAAUCCAUUGGUGAGCUACAGAAUUUGGAGAGCUUAGAUGUACGAACAAAUAGGGUGAUUGAGGUACCAAAGGAGAUUACGAAGCUUAGAAAGCUACGCUGUCUUUUCGGUUACCGAAUAUCUACCAUUGAAGUGAAGGACAGUCUUGGAAAAAUGACAUCGCUUGAAAAGAUGCAUGAAUUGAGAAUAGAUGAAGAUGGAGUGGUGAUUAGAGAGCUUGGAAAGCUAAAUCAAUUAAGGGAUCUAAGGCUUUCUAAUUUUAUGGGAGAUCAUUCUGAUGCUCUUUCUUCUUCGAUAAACGAAAUGCAACUCUUGGAGCGACUAGAUAUCUUCGUACAAUAUAUGAGUGAACCAAUUGACUUGCACAUUACAUCACCCUUGUAUAAACUAAGGAAGCUUCACCUUUUUGGCAUUUUAAAAGAGUUUCCAAGUUGGAUUCCACGGCUCCAAAAUCUUGUGAAAUUGUCUUUGAAACUUUCCAUGUUAAAUAACAUUCCAUUGAAAUCUCUGGGAAAUAUGCCAAAUUUGUUGAUCCUCUCUUUCGACUCCGGUUCUUAUGAAGGAGAAACUUUACAUUUUGAAAAUGGAGGAUUUCAGAAAUUAAAGGAGCUACGGUUCAGAGCUUUGUAUAAUUUGAGAUCCAUCUUUAUUGAUAAGGGGGCACUGCAAUCUUUGGAAAAGCUUCAUAUGUUUGAUCUUCCACAACUGAAGGCAGUACCCUCUGGCAUUCAGCACUUAAAAAAACUCCACGUUCUCGACAUCUUUCAUAUGCCGACUGAAUUUCACCAGAGGAUUGAACCCGAAACAGGAGAAGACCAUUGGAUGGUCAAACACGUGGCCGAUGUACUUGCUGGGUCUGAUUUCAAGAAUCAGCUAAUGUACGAUUUGAGUAAAAAUAUUUUUAUGGAGGGAGUGGCCGACAUUUUACGGUAUAUUGAUGGGAUCGAGGUUCUUGCAUCGAGUGCCAGUGGAGUUGUUGGUGGGGAUGAUCCAUUCCAGAUCAAAUUAUGAAGUGAAUUUUUCAGAUACAUAUUUACUCCGACCAGGUUGCGUUGGCGGCAUUGGAUUAGAAAAUUUACCAUUUUAAUAUGAAAUCAGCUUCUUUAAAUUUGUUCAUUCUCGUAUUCCGAAAAACUGUGAUUGUUUAUGUGCAAGUGUACUAAGUAGAAUGAUGAAUUGAGUAUACUUUCCUUGGGACUUGCAUAAUACUUGACAAAUGCUCAAACAUUUACCAUCUAAUCUGAUAUGCUUUUAGAAAUUGGAUCUAUCA